AUGAGACGAAAUGUAGAGGCCGCUGGAGUCCAUUUGGCGGACUGUACUCUACUUUGGUGCCGUCAUGAGUUGGAAUUAGAGAAAGGAAGGGCUGAAAGUAAUACACAAUCUUCUUCUUCUUGUAGGGAGGGUAAAGGUUCAUAUAAAUCAAAAACUGAAGCGAUGCAGUUGGCCUCGCCGUAUAUUCGUGUUGAUGGGGAACUAAUUGCUGCAAACAUAGCCCUUUCUGCUUUUCAUCGUGCAGAGGCGGAACGAGAAUCACGUUUGUCCUUAAAAAAGAAGAGAGAAGAUGAGGUGAAGGAAAUGUACCGACUACAUGAUGAGAUACGUCACACUAUUAUUGACGCCUGGGCGUUGGGGUUCGAAAAUUUAGCUAUACUGGAGAAGAAAGAGCUCAACCUUGUUCGCUGUCGUGAGCGUACCAGGCGGACGAUGGAGUGGCAUGAUGAAGUUGUCCAACAACAUUUAGCAGAUGAGGCACGUUUAUGGGCUGAUGAGGAACAAGUAUUGGCACGAGAGAGAGAAGAAGGCAGAGCAGCAUAUCGCCAGAGUCUUAGGACCAAAAGGCGGUAA